AUGAGCGGGCGGUGUGCAGAAUGCGGGGAAGCGACUGUCUGGGACCAGGAAUUAGGCUCUGCGAUAUGCACACAUUGUGGGACGCUUGCAGAUCCUACGCAGAGCGUUCUUAAUUCUCAUCUUGAAUUCUAUGAUGGCUUUUUGCGUGAAACACCGUGGACUGACAUUUCGAAGAGCACGCUGAAGGGCAGGAAUGGUUGGGCACUGCCAGGGCAAGGCAAGGAGGCUCGGGACAGACAGAAUACGAUAGCGAUGCAUGAGUACAUCAAAUCUGUUGCUGGGAGGCUUGUAAGUCCCGGGUCGGCCCCGCGAGCACAAGGCAUUUUCGAUCAAGCCAUGAGACGAGGUCAUUACCGAUGGGGUCGUAAGGCUAGGCUGGUGGCAGGGGCAUCCGUCGCCAUCGCUCUUCGCGAAGCUCACAAGAGCGAGUCUUGCAGCGACAUAGCGUACUUCCUGGAAGAAACUACAUCAUCAGUGUCUCGGACCUUCACCUCCGUGGUCUCUCUUCUGCAACUCAGUCUCACCUCUGCGGACCCCACAAUUCACCUUACAGCCCUGCAAACUCAUCUGCUUUCACUGCUACGGGAUACGCCAUCCGCCCUGUCAGCUAAGUUGAUUAGCACUUUAACUCCUUUAAUACCGGCUCUAUCAACUGUGCUACGAACAGCAUCUUCCCUCUCUGCGCUCCUUGCACGUCAAAAUGUCUUGUCGCACUUGCCUACACCACCUACCGCAUGUGCACUGUUUAUUCUUGCCCUCGAGGCUGAAAGCGGGUCGUCACUUCCGCAGACGGGCUCUCUUGCUCAAGUCCUAGGUGCGCGCUUUGGCGUCGGCAAGGGCGUCAUCAUGCAGCGGUACAAAAUUAUCUACGAUCUCGUAGAGAAAUGGAUUAGAGACAUCCCUUGGCUGGAAGGACACGAACGGAAGAAAGGCGGUGCCGGGCGGUCAAAGGUUGCCAAGCGCGUCGUUGUGGCUAGAGGUCUUAAAGAUGUCGUGCAAUUCCAGGAAGAAAUCUGGCGGGAAAAGAUGGAAAAGGAAGCCAGACCUCAUGUUCAUCUAGAAGAGGAGGAAGAGGAUACUGACGGCGAGCCUGAUCAUGACUACUUCCUGAACGGAAGAGAGAUUGUUCCUGGUACGUCGAAUGUGUCCCUCUGUGCACAAAAAGAAGACGUCAUUUCUGGUCGUCCUCGUAAGAAGCGGAAGACGGCCCACGAACGGUCCGUAACCGAGGUCUCGCGAUUUUUGCUAAAUCCUGCAUCCUCCAUGGUUUCUUCUUCUUCUCGCUCAAUGCAUGGUAGCGGCGACGAUACGGGCCUCUUGACGCAUAUACUCACCGCGGACACUUCGGACCUCUCACGUGCGUUCGCCUACGCCCCGACACGUCUGCAGCUGCUAGCGGCGUGUCGCGGUGGUGCGGAGGAGAAAGAUAUUGCCGAUGAGGAGCUGUUCAUCGAGGGAGAGUUGGAGGCAAUGCUACGCAGUCCAGAAGAGGUGGACAUUGUUCGCACAGCAAUGGAUUGGGAUACCGGUCUGGCGGCCCAAGCUGAAUCGCCAGGAGCCGAUCGAAUCAAAGGGAAGCGGCCAAGGGAGAUGGAAGGAGAUGCGUCCGCGAUGAAGGGCAAGAGUACGACAGGAGGAAGCAAGAGGAUUGACACGAAUGCACUCGCAAGACUGCUCGACCCGUCUACAUUCAUUGACGAGUCAGGAGAUAUCAUCAGCGAACCAAUUGACCGCAGCGCCUUGUCUGUUGAUGAUGAGGAGAUUGUUGAGGAAUGGAGGCCCGCGUCUCCGGGAGGAGAUGGGUUUGAUGAAGACCGUUAUGAAUUAUGA